AUGAAUGCUGUUGUCGGACUGAGCAAGCAACAACAACAAAAUCAAUAUAUUGCUAAUGUUAAUUUACAAUAUUCAAAAUGUAGUGGCAUAGGCCGCCGUGUUAAUAGUAACUGGUUAGGUACAUUUAUUGUAGGUGAUAGCUGUGUUCAAGCUGAAUGUUGUUACUUAGUUGAACAAGUAAAAAUAUCAAAAUUGAAUGAUACACAACUAUUAGUUUCAGCAAAUGUAGCUGGUGCAGCAUGUGGCCCACAAGAAAUUAAAUCUAUUCCAACUGAAAUACCAAUACCAAUUCCAAAAGAUAAACAUGGUUUUCAGCUAACCACUUUUUUCGUUGGUAGUACGAAUCGAUUUACGUUAACCUAUGAUAAUCAAUAUAUUGCCAAUGGUAAUUUGCAAGUUCCAGGAUGUACUGGCAUGGAUCAUCGAGUCUCUGGUAUAUGA